GAUUUUUUUGUCUGUCAACCAACGUCAGUUUUCAGUAGUAACACAACUUAAACACUGCCAUAUUGUUUAUUAUACACUCAGGACAGGGCUGUUUCUUUAAAAGAGGCCCCAGUGUCGCACUUAACGGCGUCUGUGUCGGUUGGAUGUGACCAGCAGGGAGCUGCACUGCCUGGAAUAAACAAGGCAUUCCUAUCCAUCCCUCUGUCCAUCCCCUCCCUCCCUCUCUCCUCUUGGGGCUGUAUAGACCCUUGAGAGCCCUCCCCCUCCCACUCUUCCCCACCACUGCUACCCCCUUUCUUACUCCCCUGCCUUCUGAGAUUUUGCUGCUGCCCUUUAUGUUGCUGAGAGGCGCCAGGGAGAUGCUCAGAUGAUCCAUUGGGCCAUCUCGCACAACAUCGUCGGUAGCCCAAGACAGUGAAGACUAACAACAGAGAGUCUGACAGAGCCCUUGGAGGGGCUGCGAGUACCCUGUGAGGCCCACCCGCACACCAAGCCUGGCUGAAAGCUCGGCUUGCCCCCUCAUUCCUCCAGACUCUGAGAUGCCCUCUCCUCCCAAUGAAGGAGAGGAUCAAGGAGCGUCCCCCGUGAACAGGCCAUCUGUGGGCUCCUACCAGAGCAGUGGGAAGAGGAAGGUGCGCACCAAAAAGAAGAAAGGCACCAUCUCCGCCAACAUCACUGGCACCAAAUAUGAGAUUGUUCGUAUAGUAAUCAACGAGGUGGACUACAUCAAGGCCCGGGAAGAUGAUGAGACUGCCAACCUCAUCUGGAAUGACUCGGCUGUGCAGCAUGAGAGAAUCGCUGAGCUCAGGAACUAUCAGAGAAUUAACCAUUUCCCUGGCAUGGGCGAAAUCUGCCGGAAAGACUGCCUAGCAAGAAACAUGUCCAAAAUGAUCAAGUCCCAGUCUCAAGAGUACAGCUUCAUACCCAAAACCUGGAUCUUCCCCGCAGAGUACACUCAGUUCCAGAAUUAUGUCAAGGAGCUACGCAGGAAACGCAAGCAGAAGACCUUCAUCGUCAAACCCGCCAACGGAGCCAUGGGUCACGGGAUCUCACUUAUCCGUAACUGUGAGAAGCUGCCAGCCCACGAGCACUUCAUCGUUCAGGAGUACCUGGACAAGCCCUUCCUGAUGGAGGGCUACAAGUUUGACCUGCGCAUCUACAUCCUCGUCACUUCCUGCGACCCACUCCGUAUUUUCCUCUACAACGACGGCCUGGUUCGCAUGGGCACAGAGAAGUACCAUGCACCCAGUGAGGCCAACCUGAGCCAGCUCUACAUGCAUCUGACUAACUACUCAGUCAACAAACACAACGAGAACUUUGAGCGAGACGAGACAGUGGACAAAGGCAGUAAGAGGUCCAUCAGCUGGUUCAACGAGUUUCUCCGCGCCAACGACUACGACGUGGCCAAGUUCUGGGGAGAUGUCUCUGUACGUGGGUAG